CAAACACAUUGCAGUGUUGUGUUGCUCACGAUGCCCGGUACCAUAUCAAGUAAACCUGAUGAUCUCACUGCUAGGCUGAGCAGAGUGGGUCUGCCAACUCUUGGUCCUACUCCUGAGGCUCAGGUGAACAAUUCAGUCGAACUCCCUCCAUCUCCGAUUCCUUCAUCCACGCCAUAUCCUCGCAGGACCUCUUCAGCCUCUGUAGGCUCUACCUCUGAGCCCUUGAAAUCAUCCUCUGCAUUUACGUUGAAGGGUGAAAUCAGACAUUCCACAGAUCUUCUCAUUGCCGAAAUUGUUGUAGACUCAAAACUCUAUCCAGUGGGCUACAAAGUUCUUAUUACACCUCAUCCACAAGACAAUGCAAAGUUUAUCUCCCUCGAAAUCUCCCGUGAGAACGGCAUGGAACUGGCUCCCAGUGCAAGUACAACCAACCUACCCAUCAGUUCAAAUGUAUACACCAUUCCUGCUUCGCCACUGCACUCAUCAGGACUGAAUGCUAAUCGGCCACUGCAACAUCUCCUAAGGUUGACUUUGCCCACAGCCCAAUAUCAGGUGUCUACGGUAAAAGAUCCACUUACGAGUGAAAUCAGGACGGCACCUCCAAAGCCUCAGUGGUUUAAUGAUUUGCAUGAAAAAGGGUUUGUGGUGCAGGUAGAGAUUAAGCCUAUCAUAACGCCUGCUUUGGGUGUCAAGAAGAGUGAUGGUGGCGUGAGUGUGAAGGUCGGCGGCACGACUGUUGGAAUUGCUAGUGAGAAGGAGUCAUUAACUGCACUUGGGCAUGAUGAGCUUCAGGAUGAUCGAGUCUCUCGUAUGCCCAUGUUGCAAAGAUCCGCAGACGAUGGAGACUCGUUCCCCGACGAGCUCAAAGAGUCCCUGUCCUGCAAAGAUUUGAAGCAUUACCGGCAUCAUUCUCUUCUCCUCUCUGAUGAUCAGAUUCAUCGUGCAAUUCGCUAA